GCCAUAUUGAUGCAUAAGCACAACAAGCACGGAUGUUUCCCCUGACGGUUUUAACAAGGUUUUUCAUGUCAUAUUUCUUUGUAAAUCAGCUAUAACCAGUCGUGUGUAAAACGUCAUCCCCGCGGGAUAAAGCUUCUCCGAGUGGCCCAGCCUGACACCUGAAACGUGGAAGCGGACGGUAGAGAUUGUGUCGACUCUCUUUUCCUCAGCCCGUGUUAGCCCAGUAUGGCCUCGCGAAAGAAGGUGCUCCUGAAAGUGAUCAUCCUGGGGGACUCCGGUGUGGGAAAGACCUCCCUCAUGAACCAGUAUGUCAAUAAGAAGUUCAGCAACCAGUACAAAGCCACCAUUGGGGCGGAUUUCCUCACUAAGGAGGUGAUGGUUGACGACCGGCUGGUCACCAUGCAGAUCUGGGACACUGCAGGUCAGGAGCGUUUUCAGUCUCUGGGCGUGGCGUUCUACCGGGGUGCAGACUGCUGUGUGCUGGUGUACGACGUGACCGCACCCAACACUUUCAAAACGCUGGACAGUUGGCGGGACGAGUUCCUGAUCCAGGCCAGCCCCCGAGACCCUGAAAACUUCCCAUUUGUGGUGCUAGGCAACAAGAUCGACCUGGAGAACAGGCAGGUGACGACGAAGCGAGCUCAGGCCUGGUGUCAGAGUAAGAGCAGUAUCCCCUACUUUGAGACCAGCGCCAAGGAAGCCAUCAACGUGGACCAGGCUUUCCAGACCAUCGCCCGCAACGCCCUCAAACAGGAAUCGGAGGUGGAGACGUAUGAUUUUCCUGAUCAGAUCAAACUGAGAGACGACAAACCAGCCUCCUCUGGGGAUGGCUGCAGCUGUUGAGAGAGGGGGGAGAGGGAGAGGGUGGG